CUGCUGGUUAAAAGCAAAGAGACUGGGGCAUCAAAGCCAUAAUCGAUGCGGUGACUCACAGGAUUGCAACCCCAACUUUCAGCCCAGCAAAAACCGGAUUGCUGCCGGCCAAAGGGCAGAGCUUCUGAGGAAAACCCACCCAAAAUCUAGACUGGAAAUGGGGCAACCGGGGAAAGCCUCUUCCGGAAAGAGAAUGCAGCUUCCUGCUUCUUCUCAAAGCUAGUUCUUGCUUCCUCAUUCUCUAACCCAGAAGCAUACAGCUACAGGGUCUGCAGACACCCACCCUGCUCUGGGCAGAAGAUCUCCAAGAGCUUUGGGUGGUGAAGAUGUGCAAGGCCAGGCUACUGUUGCUCUGCCUUUGCUGCUUGGUGCCCUCCCUUGAGGGCACAAACCCGGGAUUUGCAGGCAGAAUCACCAAGAAAGGAUUGGAUUAUGCACGCCAGCAGGGGGUUGCAGCCUUGCAAGAGGCACUGGCCAAGAUCACCCUGUCUGAAUUCUCUGGCUCCUUCAGAGUCAAAGUGAUCGGAAAUGUCAACUACAAGUUCUACAGUCUGAAUGUUCGUCAGUUCCAGCUGCUCCACUCAGCAAUUGAACCCGUGCCGGGCCAGGGCCUCAGGGUCUCCAUCACCAAUGCUUUUGCUGAAUUGACUGGCCGGUGGGAGGUGAAGAAACGCUGGUUCAAGGAUGACGGCUCCUUUGACCUGAAGGUUGAGGGCAUCUCCAUCUCCGUAAGCUUGAAGCUGGGGAGUGAUGCUACUGGGAGACCGACUGUUACCACCUUGGAUUGCAGCAGCCACGUUUCCGACGUCGACAUUCACAUUUCGGGCAAACUGGACUGGCUGUAUAAUCUCUUCCACCGAAGCAUUGAGUCAGCUCUCAGGAGAGCCAUGGAAGGCAAGGUCUGUGAGACAGUGAGAAGCUCUGUUAGCUCCCAACUGCAGCCCUAUCUUUGCUCUUUGCCAGUCACAGCCAAAGUCGACCUCACCUCUAGCAUUGAUUACUCUCUGGUUGGGCCACCGGUUGCUACAAGCGAUUACGUGGAUGUGGGCCUGAAGGGUGAAUUCUUUUCCACCGCCCACCGUUCUCCAGCUCCUUUCCCACCACCCACCCUGUCUCUUCCGGUGGAUCAUGACCGCAUGAUCUACUUUGGAAUCUCCACUUUCUUCUUCAACACAGCCGGCAGGGUCUACUACAGAGCAGAAUCACUGACCUUCUGGAUCGUGGAUAACAUGGUUCCUAAGGAGUUUAAAAUCCGGCUGAACACCACCUCGUUCGAACCUUUCAUCCCACAGAUUAAGAAGCUAUUCCCCAACAUGCUCAUGAAGCUGCGGGUCUCACCUUCUUCGGCCCCAUCUCUGGCCAUCUCCCCUGAAGCCCUGUCGCUGACUCCUUUGGUCGACAUCCAGGCAUUUGCGAUUCUCCCUAAUGCUUCCUUAGCUCCUCUCUUCCUGAUUGGAGCGUCAACCACAAUUUCAGCCAAAGUUUCUGUCAACUCUACUAGCAUCUCUGGAAAACUAAAACUUGGCAGUUUGGCAUUUUCCUUAAAGCACUCAGACAUCGGGGCCUUUUCGGUACAAUUAAUGGCAUCCCUCAUGAACUUCUUUGCCGCCACCAUCCUAAUUCCUCAGAUGAAUGCCCGCCUGGCUGAGGGAUUCCCGCUCCCCCUCCUGGAUCAACUGCAGCUUGCCGACCCCGUUUUCCAGACUCACCAGGAUUUCCUGCUGUUCGCAUCAGACGUGCGCUAUGGAUAGAGAAGAUGCUGAGAACAAACAGAAAAAGAGGAGCGAACGGAGGAAUAUUGCCCCCACUUCUGGUUCUGCUGAGCGUGCAGUUUGGGGUGGGAAAUUCUCCAGGAACAGCUCUGUUAGCAUAGAAUUCCCCAACCUGCAGCCCUCGAGAGGUGUUGGGUGACAAUUCCCACAAUCUCUUGAGGCUUGGUGGAAGUUGUAAUCCCACACCUCUGGAGGGCACCAGGUUGGGGAAUGGUACUUCAGUGGGCACUUUCUUUACAGUAUUGCAAUGCUUCACUCCCCACCCUGCCCUUUUAGCUCUUCUGCAAGGUGGCCUGAGCCACAGGCGUUCCCCACUUGCCAACUGGGGGAGCGACAAGGAGGAGGGAUCCCUGAUGCUUUUCCGGUGUGCUGUCCCUGGAAACAGAGCAUGGGGUCAGGCGGGAUCCAGCUAGUGCGGGAUCAAGCCGAGCCAGAUUGGCAUUGGCCCAUGCUUCAAGCCGUUUGCAUCUUUCAACAACUUAAAAAAGCAAAACAAAGAAACAGGUGGAGACACAGAGGGAAGGUGAUGCACCCAGAAGGUGAUGCUUCUCCUCUCUGUCCCCAUGGGAUGGCAGCUGAUGUGCCAAGUGAAGGUGGAUUUUGCAUCUCAGAGUUGAAAAAGAGCCCUCCAAAAGGCCGGCCAGGAAACUCAGCCAGGUGGAGGUCCUGAGGGCCCAGGGACACACAAGAAAAUUUACUGUUUAAUGCUCGCCUGCUAGCAGACAAUACUAGAUGCUUGCCGUGAAGUUUCAAGAGGAUGUGCCAACAGCCCUGGGAUUGACUCAUAAAGUCCUUUAGGGCACCUGGAGGCCCUCCGGACCGUCUGCUGCCACCCACCAGGACGACCUUUCUCUCACCUGGCGUUUCCGAGAGGUUUGGGGGGCUGAGCCAGACAGGAUUGCUCCGGAGCUCACAUGGGCCCCCUCCUUGCCAGUGUUCUGGAAACUUUUAAAAUGGAGCUGUUUCUGGGGGAGGGUUUCCUGGAGUCUCUAUCCGAUGCCGUUUCUGGUUUAUCCUUUGACUUUUGUAGUGGCUAACAGUUGUUGUUAUUUCUGCGAUUGGUUUGAUUGGUUUUUAACCUCACUGGCAGAGAUCUUCCCGUUUCUGUUCAUCCAGCCUGCAAACUGCCAAAUCGGCCUCUUUGAUUGCGUGGGGGAGAAGUAUUGCAAAUAACCACCUAGAGAGCUUUUUCCCGUGGGCGGUUCAAAAAUUCUAAAUAAAGAAAUAAAU